AUGGAAACAAUGAAAGAAAUAGGAACUCACAAAAACAUUGUGAACUUUCUUGGGGCCUGUACAAUACAAGGUGAGGAUCACAACAAAAGAUAAAGCUGUCAUUCAUUCUUAUUUAUUUGCCAGGCUAAAAGUCACUAUCUCAAUUCAAUCAUUGCAAAUAUGGCAUCUACAGUAUUGCCUUCCCAGCUCUAGCAGUUUGCAGGAACCAUUAGUUUUAACUAGGUUCAUUUUAAAAUGGCCUUACCCCUCACAAGUCUCUUGCAGCUCAGUGGUAGAGUACCUGGACUAUUAACUACAAGUUCUUAACUUUGACUUACUGUUAAAGUUAGGAGAACUCAAACAUUUUUUUUCAGAGUCUGUCAAUAUCAACCCAGCCAUUUCUCAAGUUUUUAUAUGUUGACCUAAGUUUUUCUUUGUUAGUUUUGUAUGUAUAUAUUUGCACAGCCUACAUCUUGAUCAUCCACAUGUGGUGUAGUUCCCCACAGUACUCUUACCCAACCCCUUGAAAGGUCGAUUAAAAUUCUAAGAGGAAGGGAGUUUUUAGAAGUCCAAAUAAAUAAAUUUAAGAGGUAAGUAUGAACCAAACCUGAAAUUUAGAGAGGGAGGGGGACUCAAACUAAAAAAAAGAAAAAUGGGGCAAUGAAUUGGAUAUUCUAUAUAGAAUGGUUUUCGUUUGAGUGUCGUAAAACCAAAACCAAAGUAAUUACUCUGGCCAAUCACAUAGGACACAGACAAUACAUUGAACCAAUCAAAACUCGAAGUAAUUACAUGUGGCUGACGCAAAGCGCGGGAAAAUGCAUGCGAGCGCGUCACAAUUGGCUUUGGUUUUACUUCUGAUUGGAUGAAAAGGUGGCGCGAAUCUUUUAAGCCAAUCGCAUCGUGUAGAAAGUGCAAAACCAAUUACUUUUCGACACUCAAAUGAAAACCGCUCUAUGGAAAAACACAUCUAAAAUAAAUGUUAUGACUGCCACUAAAGAUCUGUGAAAUUUGUUUUUUCAGGUCCAUUACUUCUCAUCGUAGAGUUCUGUCCAUAUGGGAACUUGAGAGACUUUUUACGCAGUAACAGACCCUCUCUGAUAGAUGACAAAAAAGCACAGUUAUUAACCUUUAGAGAUCUUUUAUCAAUUGCAUACCAGAUAACUAGAGGGAUGAGUUACUUAUCUUCUAAAAAGGUAAAAUAUCAUAAUACAUAUAUACAUCUACUAUUCAGUAACACAAAUCCAGGGGUAUGAAAGACAUGUCUGCAGCUACAAGGAAAUAUGAGUUGCAAAGGUUUUAAUUUGCAGUUGCGUCGGUGUAACUAACUUCCAAGCAAAUGCUUAGGAAAUAUUAAUAGCACAUCUAAAAGAAAAAUCUGACAGUUAUGAGGAAUGUGUCAUUCCAUAAAAUGUCCAUAAUCACUCCAUGGAGGUCAUUUUGGUUUUACCCCUCCUUCCUACCCCUCUAAAAUGGGUAUCAAGGCCGUGCUCUAAGAAAAAUUGAAGGGAGCCUGUAAUGUACUCCAACUGUGAAAUGCAGGUUUCCUGACCAUGAUUUUCAUGAAAAGGCUAAGAUUUCCUACAGUCUGUGACAAGAAUAGUUGGGACACCUCCACCCAAUGCUGUUUUUUCACUUCUGGCCUAUCUUCGUACCCUCCCAAUGUUGUUUAUCAUGGUUAACUCACCAAAUCUUGCACACCAACAUUGGGAGGGCAAGAAGAAAGCAAAGUGUCCCAAUAUUUCUGACUCAGGCUGCAGUUGCCCAAGAGCAAAAGAGAGGCACCAGGGGCUAUUGGGUAUUGCUUAGACCUAAGCAUACCAUGCUCAAGGUGGAUCAUGAUUUUUGCAUGUCCUAGAACAUUGAUGUCAGCACUGAGAACUGGUUAUGGGUAUACAGUAGUUUCAAAGCUACUGUUAAAGUCCAGUGUACACAGAAUGAUGCUUACUAUCAUUUGCUUUGCUUUCUUUAUACCUAGUGCAUACAUAGAGACCUGGCAGCCAGGAAUGUUUUAAUUGCUGAAGAUUUUGUAAUAAAAAUAGCAGACUUUGGUCUCUCUAGAAACCUUGGAAGUACAGAAUACUACAGAAAAACCAGUCACGUAAGUAUAUACUUGUACUGAAGUCAAAGGAAAGAAAGUCAUCUCAUAGUUCCUUUUUUAAGGAAGUUUGUUUGUCUUCCUUUUUUUCUGUUGUCACCAUUUUUAGCAGCAACAUUGAUCCUAUAGGAAGGACUUUUCUUUACGGGGUUAUUGGAGCUGCCCCAUGAUGUAGAUACAUUUUCCUGGAUACUGUGUGCAACCUGUUUGGCAGCAACAAUUUCCUCCUAAUGAUGGGGAAAAGGCUCUAAUACAAUGUUGAUGGUGCACAAGAGAGGAAUAUUAGUCAGCUUUAUACAUGUCACCUAUUCGGCACACAUCUUGCAUCUAAAGAUAACCAGAAAAUGACACUCAUGAUCUGAUUUUGUCAUUAAUGAUGUACUUUUAUACGAUUAAAAAACGAGGAAAUAAUUUCCUCAUUUUUUAUUAAUUGUAGAGUUACUGCCAAGCGAUCACUUCCAGGAAUUACAGAUUAGGACUGUCACUAAUUAUCAUAAGAAUGCACUAAGGAACAAGCACGAACACCAUUAUGAGGGGGGCAUUGGGGUAUAUUAGAAACCACAAAACCGAAGAAAAAAUCAUCCAAAACCGCAAAACCGCAAAAAAAUUCGGCCAAAACCGAAAACCGCAUACAAAACCGUCAAAAAACGGAUACAAUGGUGACAAGUGGGGCAUACAGAGCAAACUAAACUAACACUAAUUUCACCAAAGUAUUUGUAAAUGUCAUGGACUUUGUCUGAAGCCUUCGUAUCUUUUUGUGUCUGCUUAAAUCAUAUGCUUUGUUUCUGCCGCUCUCUUGAGCCCAGACUUUACGGCUCAAUUUCCGAAAAGCCUAGUUAACUUAGGAGAAUUUGCACGCAAGUCCUCUUUAGAAUUGCAAUUUUGCAGUUGCAAAAAGCUAUAGCUCUGGAAACUUCAAUCGAAAAUCUCUAAUUGAACAUCCCCUCCUCGUAAAAAAACGCAACACAAUCCACAAUUGCUUCUUCCGUUGCUGGCGCGGGGGGCACGUUGGAAGCCAUAGCUCGCAAACUGACCAAAUGGUCGCCCUGGUCUGCAAGGUCAAAGUCUCGCCGGGCGUCAAGGGAGACGCUUGAUCCCCUACCAUGGCAUUUAUUUUGUCACGCAUUCCUCUAAAUAACUUUGGCAUUUCGCGGCUAUUCGAGAUCAAGUGCUGCUCAAAUCGAACAGAAACCGGAACCCAAAAUAGGACAAAAUAGGAAAAACCAAAAACCACAUCGGGUACCAAAACCGAAAAACCGCUAGUAUUUUUCACGAAAACCGAAAACCAGAUGCUAAAAAACGAAAAAUCUGCAAACCGCAAUGACCACCAAAACCGAAAAACCGAAGUCUUUUGCAACAAAAACCAAAAAAACGAUCUAAAAAAAUAGCCAAAACCGCAAAACCGAAAAUCCCAAUGCCCCCCUCCAUUACUUCAGGACGCUUAAUUACCAGAAUUCAGAACUGAUCAGCCAGACAGGUCAUUUUGAAAUUAAAUAAAAUAGGCUUCUUUUGACAGUUUUCAAUAAAAAUCUAUCAAAGCUAUGCAUACCACUUAGAAAUAGACUGAUUUGGCUGCCCAGUUCUUAGUAGUGGAAUUUUAUUAAUUUUAUGAGUUAUAUGCAUUGUAGUUAACUUACAACUGAAAUUCUGCUUUCUUUUAGGGCAGACUUCCAGUUAAGUGGCUUGCAAUAGAAGCAUUGUUUGACCAACAAUACACAAUAAAGUCAGACGUGUAAGUUUUAUAAUCACUAAAUUUAGUCUACCAAACACAUAUAAUCUAUUUCAUUUUUUUCCCAACUGUAACGAACAUAUAAAAUACACAUAAUAAUGUUGUUUGCUUUGUAUACAUCGAACUUCAGGUGGUCAUUUGGAAUUCUCUUGUGGGAAAUCUUUACUCUUGGUGAGUAUAGAAAUUUAACUCUCAACUAGUUUUUUGAACUAAAAUUACUCCUGUCCAAUCUUUUCAGUUUUAAGGUUUCUGAUAAAACACUGACUUGUCAAUACUUAUUAUAAUAAUAAUAUUAUUACUUUGGUGAAAAGAUUGCCUGGCAUCAGUUCGUUAGUUUCCCUUUACAUAUAUACUUUUGAGGUGUACAGUGUAAAACAAAUCCAGGGACUCCAAAUUGGUUACUUUACCCUAGAAGUAUACUUUAAAAGUUGCACUCUCUUGUCUAAACCCAUUUAAAUUGUUACCUUGUCAAAAAACCCUAGGUGGCAGGUGCUAUCUAUUAUACGUACAUAAUCUACAGUUUAAGCAUCUGACUAGUCAGUUAUAAAACUGUAAAGAUGUAGGUGGUCCCAUGGGAACACUCAGUGCACAAGCACUUUUAAUUACAACCAACUAUUUAAAAUAUAUGAUUGUUGACAAAAUGGUGUAUUUUCUUGCUUUAUUAAACAAGGUGGUACACCAUACCCUGGAAUUCCUGUUGAAAGGUUGUUCACUCUACUCAAGAAUGGAUACCGUAUGGAAUGUCCCAUAAACUGCCCUCCAAAUAUGUGAGCAUUAUUGGCAAAGGUUUAACGUAUUUGCAUUUCAAGCUAAGGCCUUAAAAAAAGGCCAAUUACCUUAGCAGAGACUCAUAAUUAAGAUUAAUUGGUAAUACAUAGGAACGUAGUUCGCACCUUAAGUUGCAAGUUAGUAUUUUAACAAAGGAAGAUUUGAACUAUUAAUAUGGUUACAAAGAGGAGGUGUUGUACAUUUUUUUUAAAAUAAAGUUUCUGCGCCUAGUAAUAAGUAGUUAAAAUUACUGAGCCUUUCAAAAACAUGAGAACUCUGAAGUUCGAAAGGCAACUGACAUUUGCAUUUUUUAUGCUGCCAACAAUCAUCUUAGCGGAUCUCUUAGGCAACAGAACUUUACUUAAACUGGUUCAAACAUUCAUGGUUUGUGAUCUGUGAUUGGUGGAUCUCCAUCCGUUUUGUGUGUUUCUGUGUUUCAAGGUUCAUUGCUUGUGAUCGUAAUUAUUAUAAUUAACAUCAGCAAAAAAAGCAAUUGUGAAGGCGGCUUUUGAACUUUAGAGUUCACGUAUUUUGGAAAAGCAUAAUUUUGUAAGACAUAAAUUCAAUAGAUUUACAGAAUGGUAAAUAAAAUCUCAUGGACUGAUUAUAAUUCAUUUAUUUUUAUCUGUUGAAUUUCUUUUUCAGCUAUGAGACAAUGCUCCAUUGUUGGAGUGAACACGCCAAAAGUCGGCCAUCAUUUGCUGAGUUAUAUGAAAAGCUGGAUGGAUUCCUCUCAGCAGAAGCAGCUUUGGUAAUUUAUUUCAACUCAUUGGUUAAUUUUAAUAAUAGAUUGCACAAGCGAAUACAAGAUUGCAAUACACAGUCAUUAUGUACUCAGCCAAUACGCUUAUUCCAAUGGAUUGUUUAG